CAGCGCCGCGUGGUGCAGGCUGGGAUGUGGUGUGAACCUUGCGUUGUGGGUAUUGUGUCUAUGGUUGAAGGACUAUAACUCCCAGAAUUCCUUGGUACUGCUACUGGGAGAAGCGGGCAGGUUAGAGUUGGUGAACGUUGUUUCGGUAACGGACGAACUCGAGUGAUACUGGACGGGAGUGAAGGGGAGCGGUCUCCUGUCAGCAUGCGCGAUAAUGCAGUGUGAGAACUGUCUGAAGGAAAUUUACUAAGAAUUGUUAACAAUCUGGCUCCUGUACUGCAUGCUGUUGUCUUCUGACAGAAAUUGAUUGAAUCCAGCUACGAGAUGGACAGGAUUCCUGUUUCAACUGUGGAGCUGGUCUGCUUGGGGUCAAGCUUUGCAUUUUCUGGGUUGUUUUACUAUUUGUAUAGAAAGAAAAGAUCAACAGUGGAAGUAUUAAAGGAAGCCCCAAAAUUUCAGAUCAACAAGCAGUUGGUGGAUUUUUUGAAUGCCACUCCAGGAAAAUGUGUGGAGUAUGCUAUUGUGGAAGGUAUCACUCGACCAGUUGGGGAGAGUCUGCAGAGCCAUUAUCAGGAUGACUGUACUGGGGUAAUGCAGCGGCUUAUUUUGAAAGAGCACAAACUGAUCUGGAAUAAUUUGGCUAGGAGUUGGUAUGCGUCCAUAAUAAGCCUACUUCAAAUAUCUUUUAUGUAACAUACUCUAUUGUAUGGCAUUACUUUCUUGACAGUUAUAUUGAAGACCAAUUUUUUAAAAAACUGUA